AUGUCAAGAGUCCCGAGCCCCCCUCCCCCGGCGGAAAUGUCCAGCGGGCCUGUGGCUGAGAGCUGGUGCUACACGCAGAUCAAAGUCGUAAAGUUUUCGUACAUGUGGACCAUCAACAACUUCAGCUUCUGUCGCGAGGAGAUGGGCGAGGUCAUCAAGAGCUCCACCUUUUCCUCAGGCGCUAACGACAAGCUCAAGUGGUGUUUGCGAGUCAAUCCCAAAGGCCUGGACGAGGAGAGCAAAGACUACCUGUCGCUCUACCUGCUGCUGGUCAGCUGUCCCAAGGCCGAGGUCCGAGCCAAGUUCAAGUUCUCCAUUCUCAACGCUAAGGGGGAGGAGACCAAAGCCAUGGAAAGCCAGCGGGCCUAUCGCUUCGUGCAGGGUAAAGACUGGGGAUUUAAAAAAUUCAUCCGGAGAGACUUCCUCCUCGAUGAAGCCAACGGUCUUCUGCCCGACGACAAGCUCACGCUCUUUUGCGAGGUGAGCGUGGUGCAAGACUCUGUUAACAUUUCGGGCCAGAACACCAUGAACAUGGUGAAGGUCCCUGACUGCCGACUGGCCGAUGAGCUGGGCGGCUUGUGGGAGAACUCACGCUUCACUGACUGUUCUUUGUGUGUGGCCGGACAGGAGUUUCAGGCCCACAAAGCCAUCCUGGCAGCUCGCUCUCCUGUUUUCAGCGCCAUGUUUGAACAUGAGAUGGAAGAGAGUAAAAAGAAUCGUGUGGAAAUCAACGACGUGGAGCCUGAAGUCUUCAAAGAAAUGAUGUGCUUCAUCUACACCGACAAGGCCCCCAACCUGGACAAGAUGGCUGACGACCUGCUCGCCGCCGCUGACAAGUACGCUUUGGAGAGACUGAAGGUGAUGUGUGAGGACGCGCUGUGCACCAGCCUGUCGGUGGAGAACGCCGCCGAGAUCCUCAUCCUGGCCGACCUCCACAGCGCCGACCAGCUCAAAACGCAGGCCGUCGACUUCAUCAACUACCACGCGGCCGAAGUGAUGGAGACAUCCGGCUGGAAGUCCAUGGUGGACUCCCACCCUCACCUGGUGGCCGAGGCGUACCGCUCGCUAGCGUCGGCCCAGUGCCCCUUCCUGGGACCGCCUCGUAAGCGUCUCAAACAAUCUUAA